GAGUUGCGCUCGGCAGCCGCGGCGGCCGCUCAGCUGCAGGCCAGGCCGCCGCCCGAGGCUCCGGCGGCUGCUGCGCGGUCCGUUCCGGUCGCCAGAGCUUCGGAAACUUCCCCGCCGCGAAGCGCAGAGCCGGCGCGGGGAGCCGAGGCCAAUGGAGGGCAGCGGAGAGCCGGCGGCCCGACGUGCCCGGAUCCGCGAGCCCAUGGAGGGUCUGGGUCGCUCGUGCCUGUGGCUGCGCCACGAGCUGGCGCCCCCGCGGCCGCAGCUGCUGCUCCUGGACUGCCGCAGCCGGGAGCUGUACGAGUCGGCGCGCAUCGGCGGGGCGCUGAGCGUGGCGCUGCCCGCGCUGCUGCUGCGCCGCCUGCGGCGGGGGAGCCUGUCGGUGCGCGCGCUGCUGCCCGGGCCGCCGCUGCAGCCGCCGCCGCCCGCCCCGGUGCUGCUGUACGACCAGGCCGGGGGCCGCCGCCGCCGGGCGGACGCCGAGGUCGCCGCCGCCGCCGCCGCCGAGGACUGGGAGAGCGAGUCGGUGCUGGGCACGCUGCUGCAGAGGCUGCGCGAGGAGGGCUACCUGGCCUACUACCUUCAGGGUGGCUUCAGCAAGUUCCAGGUCGAGUGCCCUCACCUGUGUGAGACCAGCCUCGAUGGGCUCCGGGGCGCCGGAGCCCUGGGAUUGCCCAACCCCGUGGUGGGGCUGGGCGUCCUGUACCUGGCGUCCGACUGUGCCGACGCCGACUCGGAGCGUGAGUCCACAAGCAGUGGCACGGAAUCCGAGGGCACCAUGCUGCCCCACGGAGGGCUGCUGCCCUCCUACCCGGUCCAGAUCCUGCCCAACCUCUACCUGGGCUCCGCGCAGGAUUCUGCCAACGUGGAGAGCUUGGCCAAACUGGGCAUCCGCUACAUCCUCAACGUGACGCCCAACCUCCCGAACCUCUUUGAGCAGAACGGCGACUUCCACUACAAGCAGAUCCCCAUCUCUGACCACUGGAGCCAGAACCUGUCCCAGUUCUUCCCGGAGGCCAUUGAGUUCAUUGAUGAGGCCCUGUCGCAGAACUGCGGGAUCCUGGUCCACUGCCUGGCAGGUGUCAGCCGCUCCGUCACGCUUACGGUGGCAUACCUCAUGCAGAAGCUGAAGCUGUCUCUCAACGACGCGUACGACCUGGUGAAGCGGAAGAAGUCCAACAUCUCCCCCAACUUCAACUUCAUGGGCCAGCUGCUCGACUUCGAGCGUACCCUGCGCGCGCAGGCGCGCAUCCAGCAGGGUUUGGCUGUGCCCGACAUCCCCACCUACUUCACCACCCCCACCAGCGAGGGUGUCUUCGGGCUCGACACCACCUAGAAUACCACCUAGGGCUCGCCCUGCCCUCCAUGGGGGGGAACGCAGUAGGAGGGAGCAGAAAG